AUAACAUCCAUCAUAGCUAAACGUAAACAAAGAAAAGCAUUAAAUUGCUGCAAGGACGGAACUAUUUGCUGAAAGGAGCUUUAAAAGUGAAAUAAUAGAUUUUUUAGAUAUUUACGGUUAAAUACAGUAAAGUGCAUUCUGUUCUCCUACUUGCUUUUUGGUUCGUCAAGCAGUAAAUUUAAAUAAUUAAUUGAAAUCAGAAAUUGCUGAUUAUUUGAGGAAAAAAUCAAUAAUUAAUCAUGGCUGCUGGAACAACUUUGCAAAAAGCAAUUGACAUCGUAACGAAGGCUACAGAAGAAGAUCGAAAUAAGAAUUAUGAAGAAGCAUUAAGAUUGUAUGAGCAUGGCGUUGAAUAUUUUCUACAUGCCAUCAAGUACGAAGCACAAGGUGAUAAAGCUAAAGAAUCAAUAAGAGCAAAGUGCUUACAAUACCUCGAUCGAGCCGAAAAGCUGAAACAAUACCUGAAAAAAGGGAAUAAAAAGAAGCCUGUCAAGGAUGGUGAUAGCUCGUCCAAAGAUAAUAAAGAUAAGAAAAGUGACAGUGACUCAGAUUCCGAUGAUCCAGAAAAGAAGAAAUUACAGGGCAAAUUGGAAGGAGCUAUUGUCGUUGAAAAACCUCAUGUUAAAUGGUCCGAUGUUGCUGGUCUAGAAGGAGCAAAAGAAGCACUUAAGGAAGCUGUUAUUCUGCCUAUUAAAUUUCCUCACUUAUUUACUGGUAAGAGAGUUCCAUGGAAGGGAAUUCUAUUAUUUGGACCUCCGGGAACUGGUAAAUCAUACCUUGCAAAAGCCGUCGCAACAGAAGCAAACAACUCUACCUUCUUCUCAGUAUCAAGUGCUGAUUUGGUAUCAAAAUGGCUAGGUGAAUCAGAAAAAUUGGUCCGAAAUCUCUUCGAAUUGGCUCGAUCACAUAAGCCUAGCAUUAUAUUUAUUGAUGAAGUAGACUCUUUAUGUUCAUCACGUUCUGAGAACGAAAGUGAAAGUGCCCGACGAAUUAAAACGGAAUUCUUGGUUCAAAUGCAAGGUGUUGGAAAUGACAGUGAAGGUAUUCUCGUUUUGGGUGCUACGAAUAUUCCAUGGGUUCUUGAUUCAGCUAUCAGGAGACGUUUUGAAAAACGAAUUUAUAUACCGUUGCCUGAAGAACAAGCUAGAAUGGUAAUGUUUAAGAUUCACUUGGGAAACACAGCACACAUCUUAACGGAAGAAAAUCUGAAACAAUUAGCAAAACAAACAGAAGGAUAUUCUGGUGCUGAUAUUUCAAUUAUCGUCCGUGAUGCUCUCAUGCAGCCUGUUAGGAAGGUACAGACCGCGACGCAUUUUAAGCACAUUCGAGGACCUUCACCGCUCGACAAGAAUCAAAUUGUAGAUGAUCUUCUAACGCCAUGCUCGCCUGGUGAACGCGGUGCAAUAGAAAUGACUUGGAUGGAAGUUGACGGCGAAAAGCUUUAUGAACCUCCAGUAACUAUGGGAGAUAUGUUGAAUUCUCUUGCGAGAACCAAACCAACGGUAAAUGAGGAUGAUAUGAAAAAGCUACAGAAAUUUACAGAUGACUUUGGACAGGAAGGAUAAACAAACACCGAAGCUUUAUUUAUUGAAAAAUCAAGAACCUUCUAAUUUUAUAUUUUUAUUACUAAAAAGAUUUAAUAUUCUUAAAAUUCUUGUGAAAAAAAAAGAGAAAAGAUCAAGAAAAAGUACACGUUGCCUAAAUUAUCAAGGCUGAAACACUCAAGAAUAAUCCUAAAUACAAUCCUGGAUAGCUCAUGAGUGUCUCAAUCUUGAAUAUUAUUAUGAUAUUCAUUCACAUACGAAAGAAAGAUAUAAAUAUAAAUUGUCUAGCGAUGAAAUAUGCUAAUCUGUCAAAUUUUUUCUUCCCAAACCGGAUUCUUCUCAGCAAUUGAUUUUAUUAUUAUUUGAAAAAGAAAAGAAAAUGUUGCGUUCUUAACACCUGUUAAUUCAACUUAUGAUAAUCGGAGGGACAGCAGAACAAUAUGUAUAUGAUGAGUUUUCGCCUGUUUUAUAACAAAUUGAUUAUUCUUUUUUAAUUGUUUUCCACUUAUCCAUUGAUGUUGCGUUUCAAAUAAAAG